AUGCCUUUAUCUAAUAAUAAUCAAGAUUGUAGUCAAGUAUCUUCACCUGGUUAUAGGCAAGUUUUUUCUCUUAGUAAUCAAAAUUGCAAUAAAGUGCCUUUAUCUGGUAAUAAUUACCAAGUGCUUUUACUUGGUAAUCAAAGUUGUAAUCAAAUGUCUUCACCUAGUAAUAAUCAAGUUUGUGAUCAGUUUUUUGUCUCAUCUUUAUCUAAAAAUUCAAUGCAAUCAUCUAAUAAUCAAGAUUGUGUUCAAGUGCUUUCAUCUGGUAAUUGA